AUGUCUCGCCGCCCAGAUCCUAAGGGCAAAGGAAAGGCAGUUGCCAACCUAGGUGAAAAGCACGAUUUCUGGGAAUGGGAUGACGAGGCGCAGUUGGAACAACAAUUAGCUUCAAUUAGAAUGGAGGGUGCAUUUUUCGGCUCUACAUCACCACGGCGAAGAAGCUUCCCGGCCUCUGCGAGGAGCAGCAGCGAUCAUCAAGACGCAUCGCAAAACUCCUCCUCCUCCUCUGUGGGCACUUCGGCAACCCGAGAACAUGGCCAGACCACCCCUCCCGGAGUUGAGGAUGGGCGGCAACACAAGGACAAUCUGGCAUCUGAGAAGGACUCCCCGCCGAUUCCCCGUGGUUCUUCGCAGCCGCAGGUAGCCAAGCAGCUGGGCAUGACGCUGGGGAACAUGCCGCGGGACGCGCCACCGCUGCCCAGAUCGCAAGUUUACAUCCCCACGGGCAGCAGGCCUCGCCAGCAGGUGCAGUCUCGGUCGUCGGCUCGCGAUCAGGUAGAGCCUCUCGGGAAGGAUAAGAAGAAGAAGAAGAAGAAGAGGCCUUCAGAUACAUCCGCUGCAGGGUCUGCAUCCUCUUUGUCAUCAUCGUCGGCAGCAGCAUCUCGAUCUUACUUGGACUUGUCUUCCGCGGAGCAAGCUGCCAUGUCUUACACGCAGAAACAGGACGCUUUGUGGGACAUGUAUGAUCUUUCCGGCGUCGAGAACUAUGCGGACAUAUUACGACCGAAGCCCCCAACUCCCGCCAGUCCUCCCAGUCCGCCGCCUCCUGCGCCGAAGGUGCCGCGGACACAGCCCCGGAACUCACAGACAGGGGCGGAUCCCCAAUCCUCUAAGCAGGGUAGGAGGAAGAGAGCUGAGGACAAGCUCAUGGGGGAGGACAGAGCUUCGCUAGAAACCAUAGCCGAAGCUUCCAAGGAGAGCAGUAGCCGGACCAGUCGCUCAAACGACCAGAGCAGCAGCAGCAGCGGCAGCGGUGGUCGAGAUGGUUCUGGUGAGCACGGGGCACGAACACGUGGUCAGCAACAUCAGCCCGAGUCGAGUUCACAGCAGGACACACAACAGCAAAGAAGGUCUCGACGCCGAUCACUGAGGCACGAAGUGAAACAGAGCAUCGGGGGAAAGUGUACUCCGUCUUGA